CUAGCAGCUGAGAGUCAUUGGAAUAAUCGGGCGCUACUCGAUGCCUUUUUUCAAGGACUAUCCCCCGCCGUCAAGGAUCAUUUAGUCCCGCUAGACCUGCCGACCGACUUGGACACUCUCAUCGCUCUCGCCGUAAAAAUCGACAAGAGGCUUUUGGAUCGCGAGCUGGAUGGAGAUCGGCGGAGGGCUGCGUCACCGCGCACUUGGAGGACGAGCCUCGGUGACCAGCCAAACCACGGCAGAUCCCCUGGUUCCGGUCUCAACCCACUGACUAGCGUCCCCACAGAUGAACCCAUGCAACCGGGCAGGUUCCGUCUCUCCCCUGAGGAACGUCAACGCCGGCUGAGGGAAGGGCGAUGCUUCUACUGCGGUCAGUUGGGUCAUUCCGUGAGCAACUGUCACGUCAAAGUUGCCGGUGCCGGUAGCAAGGGCACGGGAGAGGGCCAGAACACAAGGCCAUGAAGGAGUACGUGGAAGAAUCACUGGCAGCCGGGAUCAUUCGCCCAUCUUCAUCCCCUGCGGGAGCAGGAUUUUUCUUUGUGGACAAGAAAGACAAGACCCUGCGACCCUGUAUCGAUUACCGGGGUCUCAACAAGAUCACUGUAAAAAACAGGUACCCUCUUCCUCUCAUCUCCAUCGCCUUUGAGUUCCUGGAGGGAGCCAAGAUUUUCACCAAACUGGACUUAAGAAAUGCAUAUCAUCUAGUCAGGAUAAGGGAGAGGGAUGAAUGGAAAACAGCAUUCAACACACCAACGGGACAUUAUGAGUAUUUGGUAAUGCCUUUUGGGCUUACUAACGCUCCAGCUGUUUUCCAAAACCUUGUCAAUGAUGUCCUGCGUGACAUGUUGAAUGUUUAUGUUUUUGUCUAUUUGGACGACAUAUUGAUAUUCUCCCCGGAUGAGGAGACUCACAUUAUUCAUGUCCGCUCUGUUUUGCAGCAGUUACUGCAGAAUCAACUAUAUGUCAAGGCUAAGAAAUGCGAGUUCCACAAGGCGUCGGUUUCUUUUCUGGGUUUCGUCCUGGCUCAAGGUGAAGUCAAAAUGGACCCUUGCAAAGUCGAUGCAGUUAUUAAUUGGCCUACUCCCACGUCACGCAAAGAUGUACAAAGGUUCUUAGGGUUCGCAAACUUCUACAGAAAAUUCAUCAGAAAUGUUUGUUCUAUAGCCUCUCCUUUGCAUGAUCUUACCUCGCCACACAAACCUUUUGUAUGGAACCGCUUUGUCAGGCAGCUUUUCAAAAACUUAAAUUGAGCUUUACCUCCGCUCCCAUCCUUACU